UAAACUGCAGGGUACUGAGGCUUCAUCCCCUUCAGCUUUGGGGUUCAGCCCAGCGCUGUGAGAUCGAGGGGUUUUUACAUUUUACUUCACUCCAGGGCGUCGCACCUUUCGGCCGGUUGCUGUAUCCGGAGCUAGCUGGACGGUCACGACUGGGAUGGAGAGUUCCAGCCCGGGGGACUGCGGAGGUGCCCCCUCGGCCACCUCCCGUGAGCGCCUAGUCACAGAUCAGCCGUGUGACCUCCGUUUUAUCAGUGAAGAAAGUGAGGGUUCUGGUCUGCCUCAAGAACCCGUUGCUCCUGCGCAGUGCGACGGUGCUGCCGUCACAGAACACCGGACACCUGUCCCGUGUGGAUGGGAAAGACUUGUGAAGCAGCGACUGUCUGGGAAAACAGCAGGAAAAUACGAUGUGUACUUUAUCAGCCCUCAAGGAGUCAAAUUCAGAUCCAGAAGUUCACUUGCUAAUUAUCUUCACAAAAAUGGAGAGAAUUCUCUUAAGCCAGAAGAUUUUGAUUUUACUGUCCUUUCUAAAAGGCGCUUAAAGUCAAGAUAUAAGGACUGCGGUGGGGCGGCUCUCACCUCCCAGCUACAAAAGGAUAGUAGAAGUUCAGGCCAGACCCUCAGGACACGAAGCAGGCAGAAAAAAGAUGUGCUCCCUUUGCCAGGGGGUGGUUUGGAGUUAAAAGAUAGCAGAGGAUUCUCUAACUUGACUUCCAUUCGUUUGCUGAAAGAAGGAGAUGGUGUGGAUGGUGUGGACCCCAGAAAGGUUACAAAGUCCCGAAGAAAGGUGACUGCUUCGAAAGGAAUUAAAAUUAAGAAAACGAAAGCUGGGUGCCAGAAGAGUCUUCCAGAUUCAACCCCAACAAACACAAAAGGAGAAUUUGCGUGCUGUAAAGCAGAGGCUGAAAGUGAGCCGGCUGCACAGGAGAGUCAGCUUGAUGGGGCUGCCGAGGCUGGCCGCAGGGCAAGCAAAGACACCCUGGGCAGGACCCCUGAGGGGGAGCCCCAGAAGAAAGAGUGUUCAGGAGCCGAUUUUCUUUGUGAACAAACAACUUCUGGCAACGUAAACAAAUUAUGUUCAACUAAAGAAGCAGAACCCAGUGAACUGUGUGAAGAUACCCUUUUAGAACCUGAAGAAAUAAGAACAAAAGUGGAAACUGGGGAAAGGAAGGGACAUUUGCAUAUCGAUGACUUCAAAGGCGACACUGAAAUAGGCUGCAGCUGCUCACAGGUGGAGAAAAAUUCCACCUCUGAGAAACUGUGUCAAGAAGAUACCAUCCCACGGACACAAAUAGAAAAAAGGAAAACAAGCCUGUAUUUUUCCAGCAGAUAUAACAAAGAAGCCCUUAGCCCGCCGAGACGCAAAGCCUUCAGGAAGUGGACCCCUCCUCGCUCCCCUUUCAACCUCGUCCAAGAAACACUUUUUCAUGACCCGUGGAAGCUCCUCAUCGCGACUAUAUUUCUCAACCGGACCUCAGGAAAAAUGGCAAUCCCUGUGCUUUGGGAAUUUCUGGAGAAGUAUCCUUCAGCCGAGGUAGCCAGAACCGCAGACUGGAGAGAUGUGUCAGAACUCCUGAAACCUCUCGGUCUCUACGACCUUCGUGCAAAAACCAUUAUCAAGUUCUCAGAUGAGUAUCUGACAAAGCAGUGGAGGUACCCGAUCGAGCUUCACGGGAUUGGCAAAUACGGCAAUGACUCUUACCGAAUCUUUUGCGUCAACGAGUGGAGGCAGGUGCACCCUGAAGACCAUAAGUUAAAUAAAUACCACGACUGGCUUUGGGAAAAUCAUGAAAAAUUAAAUCUGUCUUAGCACUCUUUGACAUUUUCAAACUCAUUCUUUAGACGUUGCUCUGCGCUUUGAUUCCUCGGAGCUCUGUUAAGCACAGGCGUGUGGAUGUCAUCAGCCCAGUCAGAAAUCUGAUUCUGUUUUCUUAAGGCUCAUGCCACUUGACAGAGCUUUGCUACUGAACAUGCCAGAACAGAUUUUGAGGUUUUUUAAUAAAUUGUAAUUUGACAACAAUCCUAACAAUGUGUAUGAUGUUUCCCAUAAUGAAAUAUGAUUUAAAAAGUGACAGUACCUUUUCUGAAUGGUCAAUAACACAAAUUUUAUAAACCUGGCUUAAGGAAAAGUUAGCCUUUGUUCUCUUCCUAUAAAAAUGCUGUCGUACAAUUGUCAUACUAAAGGACUACAAAAGGAGGCCUUCCGGUGGGGCAGGGGUGAAGUCUCAGCACUGAAGCAGUCCACAGCCACUGCAGCUCGAGUUCG